AUGAUUGAAGUUUGGGGUGAACCAAACACUAAUGGAGUUGGAAUCGAAGUUAAUGUAACGAACUGGACAGAUUGUAUGAUAUAUUGUUACGAAUUAGAGCAGUGUGUGGUGAGAAAUUCAUUAGUUAAAUAUCAACCAAUUAUUGAAAUGAAAUUCAGGCCGUUCUCGAUACAGAAUAUUGUACAACAUUCAUGUUUGGUAACAUUCAAAAUAUUACUUUCAAAUAUGGACAGAAAAUUGCCUUCAAAACAGUUUCUCGAACUCUGAUGAAUGUGAAGUUGUUCCGUCAUUCCCGAAAACAGUAAUUUUUCAAAUUUAUUUUACUUCAUCCUAAAUCAUAUUUUAGGUGAGUUUGAGCGAUGAUUUAUCUUUUGAAGUUUCAUCAACUGAUAACAAUUACGUGUUCAAAUAUUACGGUAAAAGUUGUGACGAAGGUUGGGCGAUGUUUAAUCGAUAUGGUAAUUAUUGGUGUAUGCAUGCAUUUGAUGAUAGUGUUGAUUGGUUGACUGCUCAAAAAUAUUGUCAAAGUAUGAAUGCAACAAUCAGUGGACUCGAGAGCAAUUCUGAACGUAUUUUUGUCUGGAAAACUAUUGUUCUCAAUUCAACACAAAUUAUGGUUGAUGGUAGAAUGAGAGAGGAGUGUGUAUUGCGAAUUGGAACUCCUGGAUGCGUUGGAAUUGACGCAUUUGUUUUUACCGAUCCGUAUCUCAAGACGGAAUCAGGAUAUCUAUGGGGAGAAGGCCAGCCAGAUGAAGCAUACGACAGUGAUUAUGGUUAUCAAUCCUGUAUUGUUUUGAGAUAUUCCGGAGUUGUUGAUGAUUCAUGGUGUGACAACCCCAACUUUGGGUAUCUUUGUGGUAAAUUGGCUGAAUGA